AGGAACUUGGUUUGUAUCUUCAGUCGCCUUCACCCUUUCUGACAGUCAUCAUGAAGGCAACAGUGACCCUCCUGGCUCUCUCUCUCCUUCAUGUUUGCUCUUCUGUUCCCAUCAGCCACCCCACCAACGGGCUCAGACAAUGUCGCGCCUCCACCAACCUCUCCCUCACAGCACUGGAGGUGCUGCCUGGCGGAGGCUGGGACAACCUCAGGAACAUGGACAUGGGUCGAGUCAUGAACCUCAGCUACUUCCAGUGCCAGACCACCGAGGACGGGCUCUACCUCAUCCCAGAUGAGGUGUUUGUCAUCCCGCACAAGGAGACGGGCGUGGAGACAAACUCAGAGAUAAUCAGCUCCUGGCUGGAGCAGAAAAGCUCCACAUCUCACACCAUAAACGCAGACGUGUCUUUCCUCUCUGUGCUGAAUGGGAAAUUCUCAACAGAGAACAAGAGGAUGAAAACCCAUCAGGUCAAAGACUCUUCAACUACAACCAGAGUCCAAGUUCGUAACUUCAUCUACACCGUUAAGGCUUAUCCUGACUUCACCCUGGAUACACGCUUUGCUCAACAAGCCAAAGAGAUCGCCGAUGCAAUUGAAAACAACCAGACAAGGAACGCAGACUAUCUCUCAGAGAAGAUGGUGCUGGACUAUGGAACCCAUGUUAUCACGAGUGUCGAUGCCGGGGCUUCUUUGGUACAGGAAGACUACCUCCGCUCUCAGUACGUGUCAGACAGUGUGUCAGACAGUUCAACCGUCAAAGCGCAGGCAGGCUUGAACUUUUUUGACAAACUCAAGUUUGACAUCAGCAGUGAAGACACCCAUCAGAGCUCGUCACUUAAAACAUACCAGUCCAAUAUUACAUACUCUCUUAUCCAAAGCCACGGUGGAGGCAUACCUUUCUAUCCUGGCAUCACUCUGCAGAAGUGGCAGGAAAAUAUCAGGAACAACCUAGUUGCUAUCGAUCGGUCAGGAUUUCCCCUCCACUUCUUUAUAAACACCAACACCUUCCCUGAUCUGCCACAGCCUACCAUUGGCAAAGUGGCUGAAUCAGUGAAUAAGGCCAUAGAGCGAUUCUACAGGGUCAACACACGGCCUGGAUGUGUCGACGUCUACUCCAAGAACUUUAACUUCCAAGCCAACAUUGAUGAUUCAUCCUGUGAGGGUCCUGCUACAAACCUCAGUUUUGGUGGUGUCUAUCAAGCGUGUACUCCUCGCAGCCCAGACGCAGGUCCGCUAUGUGACGCCCUGGCCCAGAAAAACCCCGACACAGGCGACUUCUCCUGUCGUUCACCUUACUCUGCCACGUUACUCAGAUCAGAAUUGAGGCAGCAGGGUUACACUUCCUACGAUUGCCAUGACCAACGCUAUUCGUGUGGGUUUUUGGGCCUAUCGCAUUGCCAUCGUCAAGUAUGUCAGGACAACUACCAUGUUCGCUCUGCUCGCAUCGACACCUACUGGUGCUCUGUAAACGGAGAGGCCCCUGAAAACUCAGGCUAUCUGUUUGGAGGCAUAUACAGCCCCUCUCUCCUGAACCCCCUCACCAACGCCAAAAGCUGCCCCCCAAACUUCAUUCCACUCAAGUUUCUCUCAGAUGGCCAAAUGAUCUGUGUCAGCAACGACUAUGAACUUGGCACCAGGUUCUCAGUGCCAUUCGGAGGUCUCUUCAGUUGUCAGUCAACCAACCCGCUGGCAGCAUCUCAGCGUCGCUGCCUUCCCACGUUCAGCCAGCACCACCUCGCUACAGUGAGCGACGGCUGUGAAAUUCUUUACUGUGUCCACUCAGGACUGUUCACAGGUGGACAGCUGCUUCCGAUCCAUCUACCUCCAUUCACCAAACCUCCACUUGUCAGCAUGCAAGCCACAAACACAGUUAUGGUGAUGACUGAAGGAGAAAAGAGCUGGGUCAGAGUGGGGCAGACUAAGGCGUGGAAGCUGGCCAAACCAGAGGAAAUCAACGACAUUGUACGGAAGAUUAACCCAAAACUGAGUGAGUUGUCUGGUGGUGAAAAGGCAGUGGCCUUUGGAGUGAUAGGUAUGAUAGUGCUGGUGAUCAUAGUGGCAGUGCUAGUGAAGAGAAGGAGGAGGCUGUCUGGGUUUCGGACAGCUAGAGGCUAUGAGGAAAUCCGUGGAGAGGUUGAGCGUGAUGAAGGAGAGAGGGAGACACAGCAAGGUGAGGCUUAGAGGUUUGGCAGGCAGAGA